AUGAAUAGUAUUCCUUUUUCAAAAAGGGUAAAAUUGUCUGCACCUACGGUAGGUGAAAGGUCGGACACUGGUACCAUAAAUUCACAUGAUACGGACCCGGAUGAUAUUGAAGAGCAAGAGCAUCCGCUUGUACAUAAGCAGCGAAUAGAGCAAAGGAAACGCAACACUGUUGUUUACUUAGAAACAAUUGACAGAAAAGUUCUCGAUUUUGAUUCUGAAAAGGUGUGCAGUGUUUCAUUGUCCGAUUCGAAUAUUUACGGUUGUCUACGCUGUAAUCGUUACUUUCGUGGUAGAUCGAGAGGUUCUGAAUGUUUUGCACACUCAAUAAAUGAGGAACACCAUGUUUUCAUCAGUUUCAAUACUUUUAAAUUCUACAUUCUUCCCGAAAAUUAUGAGUUGGACAGCGAAACUUCGGAAUCGUUAAAGGAUAUUCGAUUUCUUGCCAAUCCUACGUUUACUAAAAAGCAGAUCGAUCUACUGGACAAAGUUUCACCACCCGCGUUGGAUUUAAACAAGCAGAAAUAUAAUCCAGGCUUUAUUGGAAUAGUAAAUUUUGGAGCUAACGAUUAUGCAAACGUCGUGUUUCAGUCCUUGGCCCAUAUUUCCAUCGUUCGCAAUUAUUUUCUUCAAGAUCCGGACAGAUUCAAAGGCACAGAUUUGGUGAGGCGUAUAUCACUUCUAAUAAGAAAGCUUUGGUCACCAUAUUUAUUUAAACCACACAUAUCUGCCCAUGAAGUGAUUCAGUAUAUUUCCAAUAUUACCAACAUGAAAUUCAACAUCCAGAAUGAGUGCCAUCCCAAGGAUUUUCUCCUGUGGCUUCUAAAUCAUAUGCAUAGUGAGUGCGUUUCCGAGUUGGAAGAUAAAGUCAUAUCCAAAACAUUUCGUGGAAAACUAAAACUUAAUUCAAAAAAGGUCAGCUUUUGGUUAAUUUCCUUGAGUCUACCCUCCGCAACAUUAUUCAAAGAUGGUGUUGAGUCAGAAGUUCCCCAGGUAAAGCUUGAGAGUCUCAUAAAACAAAAAAGCUUUCAAUUUUUAAAAAUGCCCAACGCUUUAAUCAUAAGCAUUAAUCGCAUUGAUAGCACUAAUAAAUUGGCUGGUGUUAAUAAUUCAGGAAUUAAUCCUGCUAUCGUCAAGUUUAAUCCCGACCGUUUAGUGGUAAAUGGGGAAAACUACAAACUGUCAUCAAAUAUCUGCAUGGAAAUUGACAGUGAGGACAAUAUUGUCUCAAGUACAAAUGAUAAAUGGUUUGAUAAAUCCAAAAAUAUUGAAGAAAAACUUCAUUAUAAAGUACAACUUUUGGAUAAGGCACAUGAUAAAUGGUUCGAAAUGAAAGAUCUUAAAGUGCGAUUCAUAGAUAAAGAACUCCUCUUUCUAUCAAGUAGUUGUUUACAAAUCUGGGAAAAGGUCACAUAA